CUAGUCUGCACUAGAACCAUUAUUAAGCAGCAACGAACCAUCCAAAGUCCAAGCCGGUCGUUGACUUCACUGCGCGUUCUUCUGCCGAACUACCGCUCGUUUACUACCGGCUCGCACGACCGACCAGCCCCGUUCAAUCUGUGUUAGGCCACCGAGAAGCAACGCACCGACACGCUAUAUUUUACACGAACACAAUUCCGAUUACCGUACAAACUACCCCCGCGUAUGUCCCGCUGGACAUGACCGCUUACCGCUAUUCGUCGUCCAAGUGUGCUUAACGUGUUCAGUACCAGUUACAAGGAAAGUUUACUUCGCAAGAUACCCGUGGUCGCACCCUCAGACUCCUACCCCGACGUCACCAUGUCCACCGACGCCGCCAGAGGGACUGGUAAUGUUAGCCAACUCUUAUACAAGCUAUUACGGAUAACAUUUUAUUUACUUGCCUUUUGCGAAUACACUAUAGCUGAAGAGUGUGGUGCUAACGGCCAGCAACUUAAAUAUUUAUGGGGUGAUGCUUUUACCGAUUCGUUGGACUGUAUAGGUCCCAACGGUAAACCUUAUCCAGAAUCGGUAGUUGCAGGAACUUUUAGGAGAACCAGCAGCUGGAGUUCCUCAAGGACAGGAAGAGAUGCUUUCCACUCAUAUCAUAAGCCCAGUCCAGAAACAGUCCGAGAAACUUUAUUGAAAAACUAUAAAUCUAAUAAUCACCAAGAAGAUAUAACUAUAAGUAGGACAGCUCGUGAUUACGGAUCCACGCUUGCUUCUGGUCGUGACCGUGAACUAUGUCAAACACCUAACCGUCUUUGCCGCACUAGAUACAAUACCACGGCGCCCAUGUACGGAGUGUCCCUAACGUCUGGUCAACCUGUUACCAUUGUGCAAAAAUUCCCUGAUCUAUUACAACAAGUCGUUUAUGAAGUGUGCGAGUCUAAUGAAUGUGACGUUGUCAGGGGAGAAUGUACUCAAACGUAUGUACCCUAUUUGUUUUUAGUAAUUCCAUUAGGACCAGUCACUCUAACAGGUCAAGACUACGUAUUGGUGGAAAGUGGUUGUGUGUGCAAACCUAAAGGCUCUCGGACAACAGCUCAUGAGCUAGUCUCAACUAUACCUGCUAUACCCGGCCGUAAGGAUCACUAGCUGGUUCAUUCAGUAUACCGCCUUGUUAGGCUGCAAGUUGAAAAAUAUGUAUAUUGACACAUGUAUAUUUUUAUGUAUUCGUCCAAAACUACUAAAACAUUAACUUACAAAAUACUUGCUAAUAGUUGACGAUAAAGCAUUAAUUUUGUCUUUUAAGACAAUAUGACACCAAAAUUAUGACUUUGUUAAAAAGUAAAAAUAAAAGUGCUCAAAACACUUUGUUUGGUACGAAUUUGUAUACGUUUUAUAAAACAUAUUGUGUUAUACGUACAUUAGAAAAUGAAUACAUUAUUAAUUUAUUAUUUUUUAUAAUUCACAAUUAUAUAAAUGUAAAUUGCUACAGUGAUAAAAUUAUUUUUGUUCUAAAAAUCAAUUUUAUCUAACGUUUAUUAAAAAUUAGAUUAUAAAAUAUUUAUAAUUAGUAAAAAUAUAAUCUAAGAAAACUCAAUUUUAUAUAUAUAUAUAUAUAUAUAAGACAUCCAUUUAUAUUUAUAUUUGUUGUAAACUUAAUAAAUUUAAAAUAUGUCUCCUAAUGUAAUUUAACAAUAAUGAUAAUUUAAGUUUUAUAAAAAGUAGAUAACCAAAAAAGUCAAUAUAAAAUGCGAAUUAUUAUGUUUGAGUUAAACUGCAUAUUCAUGUUGUGUAUAUUUUGAGUUUUUAUUGAAUAAUCAUAAAUAAAAAUGUAGGAGAUUUUAAUUUAAUUUAUUGUUUGUAAGUUAAACUAAAAACUCUUGCUGCAACUACAUAUCAGAACUAAGAAAUAAAUUAAAUUAAAUAUUUUUAAUUUGUCAGUAUUAAUAUUUAACAAAACUCAAUUAUUAAUAAAAUUUUACACUUUCAA